AUGUCAUUAAGCUGGCGACGCAUUUGCCGAGAAGACAGCCGGAACGGAGCACGAUGGACGGUAGAUCUGAGCAGGGUAAAACAAGCAGCAGAAGCUGGUUACGAUUUGGCGGGUCUUCAGGAUGAGUUUGGAAAUUCCCUCCUAGAUUACAUGAUCUCCUGCCCAUCCAGCCACCUGCUGAAAGAAGAUUGGCUGCAGUUCUUGGAGACUGUGCAGAUUCUGGCCACCGCUGGCAACAAAUGUCAAGUGUGCAUGCACAUGCUGUUUGGCUUCUGCGAAGAGGCACUCCCCAAGUUGAGCAUCGACAAACUGCAAAUCGCGCUGCAUGCCGGGCUUAGAGAUGACUUCAAGGAUGAGGCUCUGCGGCACUUUCAGCACGAAGGACGUGGGCCCUUUCCAGCGACACUGGAGACAUGCCUUCUUCGAAGGGUGAUCCGCGAAUUCCCGAGGGAACAGCUGUUGCAGCCAUCAAAGCUCCAAUGCCUCGAGGUUGUAAAGCUUUUGUUGCAAGUGAACACGCGCACCGCCAUUGACGCAGUCAGGAAGGAGAUCCACGUCAUACAUGCGCGGUUGCGGCAUUUGCCCUGGCUACUGGCAGACUAUGGCGAUUGGGCAACAGCCCCUUGCGAUUCUGUCCGAAACCCCACUAGCUCGGAGCUUUUGGCACUGAGAAUCUUGAAUGCGCAGAUGGAGAUGGUGCGGCAAUGGCUUGCACUCCCAGAGGUGCGGUUGCAAGAUGCCUUGGCAUCGCGAUUCCUGUGCGGUCUGACUGGCCCUUGUGGCAUGAAUUUGCCGGGUCCUGCGGUGCUUCUCACUGAGGCUUUCGUUCUCGGACCUGCAUUGAAGUCGGGAGCCAUCUCUGAACAUGGAACUGUUGACCUGCUCUUUGCAUGA